AUGAGAACGGGUCUGAUCGUAUUAUUUUCGCUUACUUGUAUAUAUGCAAUAGAACACGAUUCGAUAUGUGAUGAUGAUGACGAUACUUGUCCAGAACCGACGCAUACAGUGAUUCGGUUAGCUAAACGAGACGAUGCAUUGGCAAGAAAACUUGCCGCCGAACAUGGAAUGCGGGUUAGGGGUGAACCCUUUCUUGAUAGUCACUAUUUCCUGUAUCAUGAAGAUGAAUCACAUUCUCGUCGAAGGAAACGAGAGGCAGUGAAGCGACUGGACUCUCAUCCAGCCGUCGAAUGGCUUUCAGAACAAAGGGCACGGCGGCGCACGAAACGAGAUUACCUUCACAAUGACUUUCAAGUUGUUGAGGGAGAGGGAAAGCGGCUGUCAAAACGAAAUUCCUCUAGUUCAAGGCGCACAAGUUCCAGUAGAGAUUUUCGGAAGCGCCGACGACAAGCAGUGCGUGAAAUUCCUCGUCUGCCGUGGCCUGACCCACUCUACCCUGAUCAGUGGUACUUGGUAGGAAAGGCUGUAGGCAACUAUGAUAUGAAUGUGCGAGAGGCAUGGCUGCUUGGUUACGCGGGCCGUAACGUAUCUGUGUCUAUUCUUGAUGACGGAAUUCAACGGGAUCAUCCGGAUUUGGUGGCCAAUUACGACCCAUUAGCAAGCACCGACAUCAACGAUCACGACGAUGAUCCAACGCCACAAAACAACGGCGACAACAAACACGGUACCCGAUGUGCAGGUGAGGUUGCAGCUAUUGCUGGGAACAACUACUGUGGAGUUGGUGUUGCGUUCAAAGCAAAAAUCGGAGGGGUUCGUAUGCUUGAUGGAGCUGUGUCAGACAGUGUUGAAGCAGCAUCGUUGUCUUUGAAUCAAGACCACAUCGAUAUCUACUCAGCAAGUUGGGGCCCCGAGGACGAUGGCAAAACAUUUGAUGGACCUGGACCGCUUGCCAGAGAAGCAUUCUAUAGAGGAAUCAAAAAUGGUCGUCGUGGAAAAGGAAAUAUUUUUGUAUGGGCCAGUGGAAAUGGCGGUUCAAGGCAAGAUUCUUGUUCGGCCGAUGGAUACACCACAUCUGUAUAUACCUUGUCAAUAUCUUCUGCGACAUAUGAUAACCGUCGCCCAUGGUAUUUGGAAGAGUGCCCGUCGUCAAUCGCUACUACAUAUAGCUCAGCGAACAUCAAUCAACCCGCUAUUGUUACCGUUGAUGUCCCGUCGGGCUGCACAAAGAUGCACACAGGAACCAGUGCAUCGGCUCCACUGGCUGCUGGCAUCAUAGCGCUUGCACUAGAGGCUAACCCUGAUCUCACGUGGCGAGAUAUGCAGCACAUAGUUCUCCGAACAGCUAAUCCGACACCGCUUCUGGGAAAUCCUGGCUGGUCACAAAAUGGUGUAGGAAGGAUGAUUAGCAACAAAUUCGGCUACGGCCUCAUGGACGGAGGCGCCCUUGUAAAACUGGCGAAGACCUGGAGGACGGUACCUGAGCAACAUAUCUGUACAUACGAGUAUAAGCUGGCGGCACCAAACCCUCGUCCUAUACAAGGCCGUUUUCAAAUGAAUUUCACUUUGGAAGUGAACGGUUGCGAGUCCGGAACUCCAGUUUUGUAUCUAGAACAUGUUCAAGUGCAUGCUACUGUCCGAUACUCGAAACGAGGUGACUUGAAACUCACACUUUUCUCACCUUCCCGAACGAGGUCGGUGCUACUACCACCCAGACCUCAGGACUAUAAUAGCAACGGUUUUCAUAAGUGGCCUUUCCUUUCUGUUCAACAGUGGGGUGAGGACCCCCGUGGGACAUGGGUUCUUAUGGUCGAAAGUGUCACGAAUAACCCGUCGGCUUCAGGCACAUUCCAUGACUGGACAUUACUGUUGUAUGGUACAGCAGAACCUGCGCAACCAGGGGAUACUAUUCAUCCGCCUACCCCUGUACCAUCUCAAACGGUGCUGGGUCGGAUACAACACCUUACAAGCCAGAUAGAUGAGGUCGAGCCGUUGUCGUUUGGUGAUCUUCGAUCGGUCGGUGAUUGCCAUCCAGAAUGCGAUGGCGGAUGUACGGAGAGUCAAUCGGCUGUCGCAUGUUUCCGAUGUAAACAUUUCACACAAACGCUCCGAAACAAAGCCGGCAAUGGAUUCAAAUGUGUCCCUCAUUGCGACGAUACAUACUAUUUGGAUGGCAUGAACUGCAAAAUGUGCUCGUCACAUUGUCAUACAUGUUCACAAGCAGAGGUGUGUGAGACAUGCCCUGGAGCCCAACUUCUUGUUCACGUAGCAAAUUCUCCACAAAAUGGCAAAUGUGUUGAUAAAUGUGCGAUUGGACAAGUACCCGACUAUGAAACGAACUUGGUACAAGCACGCUGUGUGCUACGUGAAGAACGCUGCGGAGAUGGCUAUUUUCUGAAUUCCGUGGGAAAGUGCGAUCAAUGUGAUCAAGCAUGUGCCUUGUGCAGUGGUCCAGGUACAGGAUAUUGGGCUGUACAACCUGUGCGUCCGGUUACGGAAACCGUUCUACUGGUUACUGCAGGCCGUGCUGCGCUGAAGGGCAAACUGCAGAGAAUUAUCGAUGCGGUACAAGACUGCUCCCCUAAUGCAAAGUACCCUGAUCGGGACCAUCGAAGUUUGAGCCUCUUCUGGUCUUUUAUAUGGGUAGUUCUCAUUGUGGCUCUAUUUUCGUUCGUUGGCUUCAUUGCAUAUUGCCUGCUGAGAGAUGAUCGCAAUCAAAUUGACUACACUCCAUUGCCUCACUACAAUAGUCAAACUGGAGAAGUCCACAUUUUGGAUUCAGAUUCUGAAGAGGAUGACGAGUUGUAUGAAGCGAAGCAUAUAUGUGAUGAUGAUCGUGACGAUAGUUGCCCAGAACCGACGCAUACAGUGAUUCGCCUAGCAAGACGAGACGAUGCAUUGGCGAGAAAAAUUGCUGCCGAUCAUGGAAUGGAGGUUAGGGAAGAAGAAGAACAGCUGUCAAAUAGUAACUCUUUGGAUUUGAAAAAGUCGAAGGGCCAAGGUCAACCAGUUCCUCAUUUACCAUGGCCUGAUCCACUCUAUUCCAAGCAGUGGUAUUUGGUUGGAAAGGCUGCAGGCAACUAUGAUAUGAACGUGCGAGAGGCAUGGCUACUCGGUUACGCAGGUCGUAACAUAUCUAUCUCUAUCCUUGAUGACGGAAUUCAACGAGAUCAUCCUGAUUUGGCGGCCAAUUACGAUCCAUUAGCAAGCACCGACAUCAACGAUCACGACGAUGACCCUACGCCAAAAAACAACGGUGAAAACAAACACGGUACCCGAUGUGCAGGUGAGGUCGCUGCUGUUGCUGGGAACAACUACUGUGGAGUUGGUGUUGCGUUCAAAGCGAAAAUCGGAGGGGUACGUAUGCUUGAUGGCAAGGUAUCAGACGGUGUUGAAGCAGCAUCGUUGUCAUUGAACCAGGAUCACAUCGACAUCUACUCCGCAAGUUGGGGUCCGAAUGAUGAUGGCAAAUCACUUGAUGGACCGGGACCUCUUGCUAGAGAAGCCAUCUUGAGAGGAAUCAGAUAUGGGCGUCAAGGAAAAGGGAACAUUUUCGUGUGGGCCAGUGGAAACGGCGGUGGAAAACAAGAUUCCUGUUCGGCAGAUGGGUACACCACAUCUGUGUAUACUUUGUCAGUCUCUUCUGCCACAUACGAUAACCGUCGCCCCUGGUACCUAGAAGAAUGUCCCUCGUCGAUUGCUGCCACCUACAGCUCCGGGAAAAGCAGUGAGCCUGCUAUUGUUUCCACUGAUGUCCCACAAGGCUGCACUCUGAGGCAUACGGGAACGAGUGCAUCUGCUCCACUGGCUGCCGGCAUGAUAGCUCUUGCAUUGGAGGCCAACCCGGAUCUCACAUGGCGAGAUAUGCAGCACAUAGUUCUUCGAACAGCUAACCCGAGACCGCUUCUUGGAAAUCCUGGUUGGUCACGAAACGGUGUAGGAAGAAUGAUUAGCAACCUGUUUGGCUACGGCCUUAUGGAUGGGGGUGCCAUUGUGAAGUUGGCCAAAGUAUGGGAGACGGUUCCUGAACAACAUAUCUGUACAUAUCAAAAUCAAUAUAAGAGUUCCCGUUCGCUACGAGGUCGUUUUCGAAUGAAUUUUACGUUGACAGUGAACGGUUGCGGGUCUGGAACGCCAAUUUUGUAUCUCGAGCAUGUUCAAGUGCAUGUAACCGUGAAAUUCGAUAAACGAGGUGACUUAAAACUCACGCUUUACUCACCAUCUGGAACAAGGUCGGUGUUACUACCUCCUAGGCCUCAGGAUUCUAGCUCCCAUGGGCUCAAUGAUUGGCCAUUUUUAUCUGUGCAACAAUGGGGCGAGGACCCCUAUGGGACAUGGAUUCUCGAAGUCCAGAGUGUCACCAAUAACCCGACCGCCUCAGGCAAUUUCCAGAUUUUGCGUACUUUCUACAAUUGGAAAUUAGUUUUAUAUGGUACGGAGGAGCCGGCUCAAACAGGGGAUACAAUUCAUCCACAUUAUUCUCGGAGAUCUAACAGAGUAUUAGCUAAGAAGAUAUGUGAUGACGAUCAUGACGGUAGCUGUCCAGAAGCGACACAUACGGUAAUCCGCCUAGCAACACGAAACGAUGCAUUGGCGAGAAAAAUUGCUGCCGAUAAUGGAAUGGAGGUCAGGGCAUGGCUACUCGGUUACGCAGGCCGUAACAUAACUGUGUCUAUCCUUGAUGACGGAAUUCAAUUGGAUCAUCCUGAUUUGGCGGCCAAUUACGAUCCAUUAGCAAGCACCGACAUCAACGAUCACGACGAUGAUCCAACGCCACAAAACAAUGGUGAAAACAAACACGGUACCCGAUGUGCAGGUGAGGUUGCAGCUAUUGCUGGGAACAAUCUCUGUGGAGUUGGUGUUGCGUUCAAAGCGAAAAUCGGAGGGGUUCGUAUGCUUGAUGGAGAUGUGUCUGACAGUGGUGAAGCAGCAUCUUUGUCUUUGAAUCAAGACCACAUCGAUAUCUACUCAGCAAGUUGGGGCCCUGAGGACGAUGGCAAAACAUUUGAUGGACCGGGACCACUUACCAGAAAAGCACUGUAUACUGGAAUCAAAACCGGACGACGAGGAAAAGGAAACAUUUUUGUGUGGGCCAGUGGAAACGGCGAGAGGCUUAAGUUAGAAAAUUCUGAAUUAAAUACUCCUUUAAGGGAAGAUUCUUGUUCGGCAGAUGGGUACAUCACAUCUAUAUAUACCUUGGCAAUCUCUUCCGCAACAUACAAUAAUCUAAGUCCCUGGUAUUUGGAAGAAUGUCCAUCGUCAAUCGCCACUACGUACAGCUCCUCGUAUUCCACGGAACCGGCCAUUGUUAGUUUCUUUCCUGACGAAGAAAUGGAUAUACAGAUUGUUCAGUAA